UUUGAGAGAAUUUAAGACCGCACUGAACUCUCAUACAAGCACAAUACGAGUGACUUCACUCACUUGAGAACACGUCUGAGGAAAUAAGUUUUAACCAAAACAUUUCGACAAAAUGAGGCAGUUCGCAGCAUUUAUAUUAACGACGGCACUAGUGUCACAAUGCUAUGCGGCCCCCCAAUGGAUUACCUUCAAUGACGGCAAAUUGGGGGUCAAUUUCGGCGGUUAUCAUGCGGCAGUCGGCAUCGGUGGCAUAUUAGGUCAAAAUGGAAGCUCGUCUGGUAGCGGGCUCUUCGCAGAGGCUGGGACACCCUACGGUCAAGCGGCACAUGCUGGCUUCGGGGGUUCAAUGAAUUCUGAUGGUCGACCAGUUGGUGGUCUCUUCGCUGGAGCAACAGCUGGAAACAAAAUUACCGCGCAAGCUGGUAUCGGCGGCGCAGUGAAUGGAAAUAAAGUGCAAGGGAACGGUUUCGCAUCAGCUCAAGCAGGCAACCAAUUUGCCUCAUCAGGACUGGGAGGAGAUGCUUCUGGUGCUGGUGCAAACGGAUUUACCUUUUCUGGAACUAAUUCCUUCCUUGGAGGAACUAAAGGAAAAGUCGAUACUGUAGAAGUGAAACCUCUGCCAGAUCAAACAAACGUCAAAAAAGUUCACAAAGAAUUUAAACUUGAUUCUGCAAACGAAGUCAACUUUGUUCCUUUGGCAGCUGAUAAACCAUCUGUAGAAGAACAAACACCAGUCGUAGUUAAGGAAACCACCUACGUGCAGACACCACCUCAGGUAGUGGAAAAGCACGUAUACAAACACACCAAGCCUCGCCACCACCUUCGUAAGAUCGCGUACGUUGGAGGCGAUGUAGCCGUAGCUCAGCCUCAACCAGCUAUCCAGAAAAGGAUUGAUGUUGGAGUAGAAGCAAACGCUGGAGCAGCAGCUGAUGUUGGAGCUGGUGGAAACGCUGGACAGGUUUACACGAAACAAGUGACGUUCCAGCGGAAUCCCAACUUCUUCGCGGAUAUUUUCAAUAUCCCUAUUUCAACCCUGAAAGCGGUGGGCAAUUUCCUUGGAAACGCCGCCGGCAGUACCAACGUUUCGGUUCAGAAGUCGGCCUCUAUCCACACAGCUGCCGACUCAGACUUGAUAUCUGCCAAGCAUGCAGUACCAUCAUCCCUAUCAACAUCAGCUGCGCAUGUGUCAGUCGAAACACCAAACGUGUCUAGAGUCAUAGACGACAUUUUGGCAAUACCAAUUAACACCCUCGGUGCUGUAAACAAGUUCCUCGAAAACAACGUGCCUGCCAAGAAAUCUGUACAGGUUUCAGAAGAUGGAACUGCAAGAGUCCGCCGGGGUCCUCACGGCAGAAGACGGGGCAACAAAGUUGUUAUCGUCGAACAAGAAACAACAAAAUCUGAAACCGCAGAAUCCCACUAAAAUUCACAAAUUAAUAUUGUAUUACUCUAUUUACUAGAUAGUUAGGUAUAUUUUACUGUAGAUUUUGUAGUUAUACAAAAUAUUCUAAAAGUUUGUACAAAGACUUAGUUAAGGAUACCCAAUAUACAAGAUUUUAAAAUAAACUUUUUGUGUUACGAA